CAAGACGAAUUAGGAUCCAUUUUGAAGGGAUUUAUAGUCCAACCAAAUGAUAUAGUCAUGCAUUAGCUGCCUGUCUCUCUCCCUCCAAAUUUUCGAAACUCAAUUAAUUUCCUCUUUCUAGUUAGGGUUUGGCUUUCGUCUCGAAUUUCUGUCAAAAAAAAAUGGUCAGGUACAGAAGCCGCAGCCGGAGCUACAGUCCUCGCCGUCCACGUAGCCGUAAGCAGUAUUUCGACGAUGAAGAACCCCGGGAUCGCCGCCGUGACUCCCACUCUUACCGUGACCGCCGUUCUCCUGCGCCUUCUGGCCUCCUCGUCCGUAAUCUUCCUCUCGACGCCAGGACUGAAGACCUUAGAGGUCCAUUUGAGAAGUACGGACCCGUAAAGGAUGUUUAUCUGCCAAAAAACUAUUACACUGGUGAGCCACGAGGCUUUGGAUUUGUGAAGUACCGUUAUGCUGAAGAUGCUGCAGAAGCAAAGCAGCGCAUGAAUCAUAAAGUUAUUGGCGGACGUGAGAUAAGAAUUGUUUUUGCUGAGGAGAACAGAAAAAGUCCUUUAGAAAUGCGUACGACUAUGCGUGUGAGUAGUCGACAUGGUGGCAGCAGUAGAGGUAGAUCACCACCAAGGUCCCCAAGACGCCGGAAUCGUUCAUACUCGCGCUCACCUUUGCCAGCCAGGCAAGACUCGAGAGACAGGGAUUAUGGUGUGAGGGAUGAUUAUCGCUCUCCAGGGAGAUCCAGGUCAAUUUCACGUUCUCGUUCUCCGCUAGAUGAGAGGGAUCAUAGGUCAAGCCAGAGGUCCCCAAGCCCAAGGGAGAAUGGUCGGAGCCCCCCUGAUGAAAGGGAACAUGCACCUGGCAGAUCAGUUAGUCCAAGGGGGAAUGGUCGCACUCGAUCGAGGUCUCGCUCACGAUCUCAUGGUUCUCAGUAAUGGCCGGUAGUCUGUCUCUUGCCUUGCCUGUGCGUUUUGCAUUUGAGCUUCGGUGAACAUAGAUGAUUGCUGUAUCAGAUCUCACAUGUCGAUCCUCUUUUUGCUUAAAUCUCGUCUUUUUUAGUUGUGCAACUGGUGGAGAUGAUAUUAGCUUUUGUUCUAUUACUUUGUACUGCAAGCUGGGAAUUCGUUAAUGUUUAUGUUGUCUAUAUGAAUAACAUACUAAACUGAAGGUUCUCAAGGAGUCUUGGUUAUCUGAAAUUUCCAA